AUGUUGCCUUGUCUCUUGCUUACCCGUCAGUUGGUCUGCUGCCUCUUGAACGCCCCCCUCGCGGUUGAUAAAGGACGGUCCCUAGCGCAACCCUGGCAAGCCAGUCCGAACCAAUGGGGAGCUGCUCAUGUGCUGAGAAAGGGCACAUGGUGGGGCAGGUACCAACCACGGGCCAGUGAUUACAGAAACCCCCCCGGUGGCACCCACACCCCUGUGGUCAGCCUCUCAGAGCCAAGUGACGAAGUCUCUUUGGAGUCGGGCCCGCCAGUUCUCUCGAGAGACACAUGGGCGAGGGCAUGA